UGCUUAAGUUGUGAAGUUAAAAUGAAAAUGCCAGACUGCUUAAAAUAUUAUUCUAAGGGUUGUAUAAAUACAAGUUACUUUACUUGAACAUCAUUUUAGUUUUGGUUCUUCUUGAAGGAAAAAACACCAAGAUGAAAUUCUUUGUUGUACUCUUGGCAAUUGCGGCCUGUACUGUUGCUGAACAAAUAUCAAAUGAGUAUCUUCCACCAUUGGAAAGUACAUUGUCAUUGCCCAGCAACGAAUACUUGCCUCCACUUGGAAACGAACCAUCUGGCAUUUUGGCCGACGAUGGAUACCGUUACAAGACUGUUCGCAGGUUGAAAUACCGUCAUCGUCGUGAUGUCAAUGAAUUGCCAUCCAACGAAUACCUUCCACCAGUUCAACAAUCCUUUGCUCCUUCCCAAGAGUACUUGCCACCAACUAGUGCCGUCUUUGAGCCUGAGACCGUUCUCGCUGAUGACGGUUACCGUUACAAGACUGUUCGCAGGUUGAAAUACCGUCAUCGUCGUGAUGUCAAUGAAUUGCCUUCCAACGAAUACCUUCCACCAGUUCAACAAUCCUUUGCUCCUUCCCAAGAGUACUUGCCACCAACCAGUGCCGUCUUUGAGCCUGAGACCGUUCUCGCUGAUGACGGUUACCGUUACAAGACUGUUCGCAGGUUGAAAUACCGUCAUCGUCGUGAUGUCAAUGAAUUGCCUUCCAACGAAUACCUUCCACCAGUUCAACAGUCGUUUGCUCCUUCCCAAGAGUACUUGCCACCAACCAGUGCUGUCUUUGAGCCUGAGACCGUUCUCGCUGAUGACGGUUACCGUUACAAGACUGUUCGCAGGUUGAAAUACCGUCAUCGUCGUGAUGUCAAUGAAUUGCCUUCCAACGAAUACCUUCCACCAGUUCAACAGUCGUUUGCUCCUUCCCAAGAGUACUUGCCACCAACCAGUGCUGUCUUUGAGCCUGAGACCGUUCUCGCUAAUGAUGGAUACAGGUAUAAGGUUGUAAGAAAACUUAAAUACAGGCGUCACUGAAUACGUUCUUUGAACUUCAUAUGUAUAUAAUAUUAAGAAAACAAAAAUUAAAAAUUAAACUAUAAGCAAAAUUAAAGAAACGUUU